GAGAGUCAGGGAGGCGGAAAAGAAACACGCUCCCGACCCCCAUCAAAGCGCGAAGCCCAGGCCCAUCCCCCGCGCGUCUCCGGGCUGCCGGGGCGCGGGGGGCUGCCGGGUGCGCUUGGCUGCCGCACCGCACGACGGAGACUUUAUUGCGAUAGGAAGAUAAGAGGGGCGGGGGCGGGGUCCGGGGGGCCGAGGCGGCAGCGCUUUAAUUAAAACGGAAAUUGCGGCCCCUGCCCGCGCGGGGGGCCGGAGGGUUCCAAGAAGUGUGGUAGCUGGGAGCUUCGCUCGAGGACCCCCUCCAACCCCCGCCACACCCGGGCUGUCCCCUCCCGCCAGGCCCAGCUGGACCUGGCGCGGUCUUCAUCUCCCCGUCACCCGCGGUCGCCUAGGGCGGGGAUCGGUGCCCCGGAGCGCAAAGCCUGACGCGUCCCCCUCCUGUCAUCCCCCCCCCACCUCCCACCGCCCAGCCUCUUGGCUGCGAUGAGACAGAGCGGCGCCUCCCAGCCCCUGCUGAUCAACAUGUACCUGCCAGAUCCCGUCGGAGACGGUCUGUUCAAGGAAGGGAAGAGCCCGGGGUGGGGGCCGCUGAGCCCUGCGGUGCAAAAAGGCAGCGGGCAGAUCCAGCUGUGGCAGUUUCUGCUUGAGCUGCUGGCGGACCGCGCCAACGUCGGCUGCAUCGCGUGGGAGGGCGGCCACGGCGAGUUCAAGCUCACGGACCCAGACGAGGUGGCACGGCGCUGGGGCGAGCGCAAGAGCAAGCCCAACAUGAACUACGACAAGCUGAGCCGCGCACUACGCUACUACUACGACAAGAACAUUAUGAGCAAGGUGCACGGCAAGCGCUACGCCUACCGCUUCGACUUCCAGGGCUUGGCGCAGGCCUGCCAGCCGCCACCCGCGCACGCCCAUGCCGCCGCGGCCGCUGCUGCCGCGGCCGCCGCAGCCCAGGACGGCGCGCUCUACAAGCUGCCGGCCGGUCUCGCCCCGCUGCCCUUCCCCGGCCUCUCCAAACUCAACCUCAUGGCCGCCUCCGCCGGCGUCGCCCCAGCUGGCUUCUCCUACUGGCCGGGCCCGGGCCCAGCCGCCACCGCCGCUGCCACUGCUGCGCUCUACCCCAGUCCCGGCUUGCAGCCUCCGCCCGGGCCCUUUGGCGCCGUUGCUGCCGCCUCGCACUUGGGGGGCCAUUACCACUAGACGGGGCGGCCGGGUGCUGCGCGGCCUCUCCCAGACGCCCAGAGCCUCCGCUCAAUCCCAUCCACGUCCUGGGGAAGGGGCCCGACGCUUCCCCACCGUUCCUUUGACCUCAGAUUUGACUCCAUCCGCCGCGCCCAGCCCCGGGGGAAGGGACUUGAAACCUUCUCAAUAUUCUUUUAAGUGAAUUUGUCCCUGCCUCACCUCCCAAACCGCAGGGGAAGGUGACUGUG